AUGUCCACGUGGAAAGCAAGGCUCGCCGAAAGACUGAAGUCUCCGUCUAGAAGGAUGCAUCCGUUUCCAUGCUCAGCUCUGCUGGCUUGUUUUGGGAAUACCAGGGAGAAUGCUCCCUUUGAUCAGUCCAGCUCAGGGGAUAACCAUUCCACCAUCUACGUUCAACCCACAGCUAAAGCUGGCAGACACCCAAGUCAUCCGAGAGCAGAAGAAAGAGCUUCAGAUAGAAGGCAAGAUUCUGGCAGCCAUGCAGAGAAAAAUGGCAGUGCAAAUCAGAAUUCCAGUAACCACACCACUGUCCAGCCUGCUGAGAUACCUGAGGACUUACCCACCUCCCUGGAAGAUGAACUAGACAGUGAAGUAGUUGCUUUUCAGACUUCCAUUCCCAGACCAUCAAUUAUUGACAUGCCAAAGCAAGAAGAAUUCCAAGAUGAGCCUAAAAGUCUUGUGUUGGAACAGAAGACGACAGCAGACAGCCCAUUUGAGGAUUCUGACUCUAAGGAUUCCUAUUUCAUUACAAGAAGCAUCAUGGCUGAGCCAGAUUAUAUAGAAGACGACAACCCUGAACUCAUUAGGCCUCAGAAACUGAUAAAUCCUGUCAAAACAUCCCGCAACCACCAGGAUCUUCACAGAGAACUUCUGAUGAAUCAAAAAAGAGGUCUUGCCCCUCAGAAUAAACCAGAAUUGCAGAAGGUCAUGGAAAAGAGAAAACGAGACCAAGUAAUAAAACAGAAGGAGGAAGAAGCACAAAAGAAGAAAUCUGACUUGGAAAUAGAACUAUUGAAACGGCAGCAGAAGUUGGAGCAGCUUGAACUUGAGAAGCAGAAAUUGCAAGAAGAACAAGAAAAUGCCCCAGAGUUUGUAAAGGUGAAAGGCAAUCUCAGGAGAACAGGCCAAGAAGUCGCCCAAGCCCAAGAGUCCUAGGCAAGACUGCACCAAGCCCUCAUGCACCCCGACCUCACCGCACUGAGCUAUGUCUGUAGGUGCCUCCUCAGCACUUAAUCUCAGGGCAGAAGCCCAUGGAGAAAAUUCCAGCCAGCAGAAAGUUUGACUUUCCAAAGCAUUUGGUGUGAUUUUCCUACAAUCUGGGUGGAUAAAUGGCCUAUAACAGUUGCAGUUCCUAUUCGCCAAAUGAAGGGCAUUGACCAGCAUAUAAGUUGGAAUAAUGGACCUGUGUUCACAGACUUUAAAAAGCAAACAAACAAAAAAAGAAAAAGAAAAAGGAAGCGGACACUGGAAUAAAUUCUUUAGAGUUGCACUACUUGGCUUUUCUUCCAAUCCAAGUUUAGUGGGGCACAAAGCCUUUUUUCUUUUAAAAGCUAAAGAAAAUGUGUUUAGCGUUUCUUUUUAUUAUUUCUUAGAUACGUUACAUUGCAUAGAAAUGCAUUUAUUCUGUUACUUCCAAUAUUUGUGUAGUUCAUUUUGGGAACCUCAAAUUUUCUUGUUUAAUUUAAAUUUUCAUCGUGGUUAGAAUUAACACCGGAAAAUAUUUAUGUGGAGCACAGCCAUUACCUUUGUUGGCACUAAACUUCAGAAAUAGGAUAAGAGGCUUAGAAAUAUUUAAAUAUCCAUUUUGAUCUUAUUUCAAUUGUUUCUGGCAUUCUGUGUAAUAAUCUGCUUAUAUGGCGUCAUUCCAGUUCGAAUAAGGUACAUCGUGAACAUUCAUUUAUUGCUUUGAUAUCUAGUAGGGUUUUUGUUGAGUUUUGUUUUUAAAUUUUUUGCCGAGCUAGUCCUUUUAGAUAGAAUAAUCUCCUGAUCCUUUGGAAGAUAGAACUAGUCCAUAUAACCUAGCUUCAGUGUCAAAAUUAGAGGGUCCAAAAUCUUUUAAUUUUUUCUGAGAACAGUAUGGAGAAAGUUCCCAUUAUGAGCUGGGCAAUGAGGUCUUUAGGUAUUUUAAUGUCAUACUGUGUAACUUGAUUGUAAGGAGGCUUCAUUGGGAGAUUUAUAGCAUUUGUACAAUUCGAAAAUCAUUGGAUUCCAGGCUUUGAAACUUUCUGAUUAAUGAUCACAUAUUUCUCUAUGUGUGUGUGUGUGUGUGUGUGUGUGUGUGUUGUGUGUGAAGAAAGACUCUCUCAGCACUAUUUCAAUGAUGAUACUGUUGAUAACAAUGAUGUUGAUGACUACUGUAUGGCAUCUCUCAGGAAAAGCUGAGGCUGCUCAGUUUUCUCUGUGUUGCUAGCUAUUCAAGUCUAAAUGAUAAAUACUAGCAAAAUUAUCAUGCAAAAUUAACUUUAUACUGCUGGUAUGGCCACAGGUACCUUAUAUUUGGUGUAGAAUGGCAAAAUUUUUGUGGGAUUAGUAUGGUCUCCAUAGAGACAAUUCAGCCAGUGAUUUCUGCAUUGAGACUUUUCUUAUACUUCCUUUAAAGACCUACAGACAGCUGGAUCCAGAGCUUUUGAAUCCUUGAUUACCAUAGUAGAAAUUAACGUUCUAUGCCAAUGCUUUAGUUUUAGUGGUUGACGAUUAGGCCCUUAUUCAAUCCUAAUGUGAACAAGAUAAAAGUAAAUGUGAUGAUAACAUCUUUCUAGUUAGAGAAACAUGUUAGUUGAUUAUACCUGAAUGGAUUAUUUAUCUCAUCAGCAAGUAUUAUUUGAAUAAAAUAUGAGAUGCUUAAGCUAAAAUGUUGCUCUAUAAUAGUUUGCUUUUGAGAAAUGGAAUGGUAACCAUUUUUGCCAUCAUUCUUCCUUCUAUGGGGAGACAGUGUGAUAACUUACCAUCUUAAAAAUACAUUUUUGAUUGCACAUUGAUUAUAGAGUUCUUUCUUUAUGUAUAUGGACUAAUGAUGUUAUUUGUAAAAUGGACAUUCAGGAUUGGCUUUAUAUCUUUUUUAUCUAACUAGGUGUUAGAUCUUCAGAUUUGUAUCUUUGAUGCCAUUCUGCCACUUGAUAAAAUUCUUUAGAGCCCUGACAGGCUUUUUUAGAAGGGCCAAUUCUGUCCUUAGACUUUCCUAGCAUUCCUUCUUAAAUGGGAAAAUGUUAGUUUAAAAAAAGCAUUUCACUCCGAAUCUCACUGAAAUCUGCAGAAUUAUUUCUAGUUAGUGAUACUAGGUCUGGCCAAAAGAAGACUUGUAAAUAGCGUAGAGUGAAGUCUUAUGCUAAAUAGUGGAAGAUAUAGAUGGAGAAGUUCUUCAAAGUUGUCAGAUCAGCUGGGCUCAUAAGCCUGAGUUUAAAAGGCACUUGUCUCCCCACAUACCUUAAUAUUGUACAGUCCAAAUCCCUGGGACUUCUGAACACCUGAGCAGUUUUGUGCUUUGAGUCACUUUUUGACAAAAAAUGGCUACAUUUUUCCACUCUAGUUUUCUUAACAUAGUUUAGUGUUUUCUAGUCUCAUAGUAGUAAAGUAGUAUUGCUUUCUAAGCUAUAAUGGUUGACUUUAUUCUUCUACUCUGAAAAAAUCUUGACUUGUUUGCGUGUAUAUAAUAUAUAUAAAGGGAGCCUUAAUGGAUUUGUUUUCAUAAUUUAAUAUUUUUUGUAUUUGCUCUUGUAUAAUUGUUUUUAAUGGAAAGUAUUACAGAAUCGAGGGUGGAAUUCUUAGAACCAAAGUUAUUCUUAAUAAAAAUCACCAUGUGCUUGGA